AUGGAUGCGAAUGGAGAUGCUGGUGCCAAACGGAAGCGCACCUCUGUGUCUGCUGCGGCUGAGCGCCCCUUGAAACAUUUGAAGCCUGAAGGAUCGGCCUUAACACCUGGGGAUGCAACCCCGGCCAAUGGAACCGUGUAUGACGUGGAGGAAGAAGACGAUGCUGGUCGCAUGCUUCCUGUUGCUACCGCACAGGCUGACUCGCCGGAAUGGCAGGCCACCAUUGAGGCCGUUGUGAAGAGUGUGGUCUCAAUUCACUUUUGUCAGACCUGUUCUUUCGACACAGAACUAUCCAUGAGCAGUCAGGCUACUGGCUUUGUUGUGGAUGCAGAGCGAGGAUACAUCCUGACUAACCGUCAUGUUGUUGGUGCUGGACCAUUCUGGGGAUACUGUAUUUUUGACAAUCACGAAGAGUGUGACGUUCGCCCUGUAUAUCGAGACCCCGUACACGAUUUUGGCAUCCUUCAUUUCGACCCGAAGAAGAUUCGAUACAUGAAGCUCACAGAGCUGAAGCUUCAGCCGGAUGCAGCUCGAGUUGGCACAGAGAUCAGGGUAGUCGGUAACGAUGCAGGAGAGAAGCUGAGUAUUCUUUCUGGUGUGAUCAGUCGAUUGGAUCGCAAUGCACCUGAAUACGGCGAGGGAUACAGUGAUUUCAAUACCAAUUAUAUUCAGGCUGCUGCUGCUGCCAGUGGCGGUAGUUCAGGAAGUCCAGUCGUCAAUAUCGAUGGCCAUGCCGUUGCUCUACAGGCGGGUGGCCGAGCGGAUGGCGCUGCAACAGAUUAUUUCUUACCUUUGGAUCGCCCACUCCGCGCUCUGGAGUGCAUUCGCCAGGGCAAGUUUGUCACUCGAGGUACCAUUCAAACACAGUGGAUCCUUAAGCCAUUUGAUGAGUGCCGUCGUCUUGGACUGACUCCCGAGUGGGAGGCUGCUGUACGCAAAGCUGCUCCAAAAGAGACAAAUAUGCUUGGCGCCGAGAUUAUCCUACCUGAAGGUCCCGGUGAUGGGAAACUAGAAGAAGGUGAUGUUCUGUUGCAGGUAAAUGGCGAACUUCUGACUCAGUUCGUUCGCCUCGAUGACAUUCUGGAUUCCAGCGUGGGCCAGAAAGUCAAGCUGCUGGUUUCAAGAGGUGGUGAGGAUGUCGAGGUUGAGUGUGAGGUCGGUGAUCUGCACGCAAUCACCCCAGACCGGUUUGUGACAGUUGCUGGGGGCACCUUCCAUGAUCUGUCCUACCAACAAUCACGUCUCUAUGCCAUUGCCACCAAGGGUGUAUAUGUGUGUGAGGCCGCAGGUUCCUUCAAGCUAGAAAAUACCCUUUCCGGAUGGAUCAUCGAUUCUGUCGACAAGCGACGGACUCGAAAUUUGGAUGAAUUUGUAGAGGUCAUGAAAACCAUUCCCGAUCGCUCACGGAUAGUCAUCUCGUAUCGCCAUAUUCGUGAUCUACAUACCAGGGGCACUAGCAUUGUCUAUAUUGAUCGUCACUGGCAUCCAAAGAUGCGGUUGGCGGUUCGUAAUGAUGAGUCUGGAAUCUGGGACUUCUCUGAUCUCGCCGAUCCCAUCCCGGCAGAACCUCCAGUGCCACGGAAGGCAGAAUUUAUCCAAUUAGAUGGUGUAAGCCAACCUGCUGCAGCUGAGAUUGUCCGCAGCUUUGUGCGUGUCUCGUGUACGAUGCCCCUCAAGCUUGAUGGAUAUCCUCAGGCGAAGAAAACGGGCUUUGGACUGGUGAUUGAUGCUGAGAAGGGCUUGGUGGUUGUUUCACGGGCCAUCGUUCCUUAUGAUCUUUGCGAUAUCAACAUUACCGUCGCUGAUUCGGUCAUUGUCGCUGCCAAGGUCAUCUUCUUACACCCGCUUCAGAAUUACACCGUCAUUCAAUAUGACCCCAGUCUUGUCCAAGCACCUGUACAAAGUGCCCGACUCAGCUCGGAAUUCAUCAAGCAAGGACAAGACACUCUAUUUGUUGGUUUCAAUCAGAACUUCCGCAUUGUGGUCGCUAAGACCGCCGUUACGGAUAUCACGACCGUUUCCAUUCCCGCUAAUGCUGCUGCUCCUCGGUAUCGGGCGAUCAACUUGGACGCUAUUACUGUCGAUACCGGACUGAGUGGCCAGUGCACAAACGGUGUUUUGGUCGGCGAGGAUGGUGUGGUGCAGGCGCUAUGGCUAAACUACCUUGGAGAACGCACACCCAGUUCUCACAAAGAUGUAGAGUAUCAUUUGGGAUUUGCCACACCCUCGCUUCUCCCUAUCACCCAAAAGAUCCAGCAGGGCGUCAUCCCCAAGUUGCGCAUCUUGAACAUGGAAAGCUAUGUCGUUCAGAUGAGUCAGGCCCGUAUCAUGGGUGUCUCUGAGGAGUGGAUCCAGAAGGUUGCUGAAGCUAACCCAUCGCGUCAUCAACUCUUCAUGGUUCGCAAGGUUGACUGUCCACCGGCCGGUUUCACAUCUUCUUAUGAUAGCUUUAAGGAGGCAGAUCUUAUUCUCACUCUAGACGGCCAACUGAUCACUCGUGUUUCUGAGCUAGAUGUGAUGUAUGAGAAGGAAUUCUUGGAUGCAUUGAUUGUGCGAAACGGUCAAGAGAUGACUAUCCGUGUUCCCACGGUCCCAACAGAGGACUUGGAAACUGAUCGCGCCGUGGUCUUCUGUGGGGCUGUCCUGCAGAAGCCUCAUCAUGCUGUGCGACAACAGAUCUCUAAGCUUCAUAGCGAAAUCUAUGUGAGCGCCAGGAGUCGUGGCUCACCUGCCUACCACUACGGGCUCGCACCGACCAAUUUCAUUACAGCCGUUAAUGGCACCCCAACCCCCACACUUGACCUCUUCGUCGAGGCAGUGACCAAAAUUCCGGACAACACAUACUUCCGUCUUCGUGCAGUCACUUUUGAUAAUGUUCCUUGGGUUGUCACCAUGAAGAAGAAUGACCAUUAUUUCCCCAUGUCUGAAUACUUGAAGGAUCCCUCUGUCGAAGCUGGUUGGCGCACGAUCUCCCACGGUAAGCCUGAGGACAAAUUGGGAGUUGCACCAGACGCGGCGAACCUCAAUCCGGAUGCGAUGGAUGAGGGUAUGGAAGGAGGAGGAAGCGAUAUGGAACCCGAUAUGGAAUAA